AAAACCCUGAAGAAGAACCUUUUUCACAUUUUCUUACAAUUUUUUUUUUCUUGUUCGACUCAACGUGUCUGAUUUCCCAGCAAAUUUUUGAUCUACCUUUCAAAUUCCCCUUUUCUACUCCAUGGAUCUCUUCUUCUCGUCUUGAUCUGGAUCGACUUUGUUGGGCUUUCUCUUUUGAGCUCUAAUGGUGGGGAGAAUGAAGGUGCCUUGUUGUUCCGUGUGCCACACGCGGUAUAACGAGGACGAGAGAGUUCCGCUAUUGCUCCAAUGCGGCCAUGGCUUCUGCAAGGAUUGCUUGUCCAAGAUGUUCUCCACCUCUUCCGACACCACCCUCACUUGUCCCCGCUGCCGCCACGUGUCCGUGGUCGGGAACUCCGUCCAGGGCCUGCGGAAGAACUUCGCUAUGCUCGCCCUCAUCCACGCCGCUUCCGGCGGCGGAAACUUCGAUUGUGAUUACACGGACGACGAGGACGAAGACGGCGAAGAAGACGGAAGCGACGAUGACGAAGCUGCUCGUUCCGCCCGCGGAUUCCACGCCUCCAGCUCGCGUAAUAGCUCAUGUGGUCCGGUGAUCGAGGUCGGAGCUCACCCGGAUAUGAAGCUGGUGAGGCAGAUUGGGGAAGAGGGCAGUGCUCCCGGUGGAGUUGAGAUGUGGGACGCGACCGUUGCAGGCGGUGGUGGAAGGUGUAAGCACCGCGUGGCGGUGAAGAAGAUGUCUUUGACGGAGGAAAUGGAUGUAGAUUGGAUGCAGGGACAGCUUGAGAGCUUGAGAAAGGCAUCGAUGUGGUGUCGGAAUGUUUGCACUUUCCAUGGGGUUGUGAAGAUGGAGGGAUCUCUUUGUCUAUUGAUGGAUAGAUGCUAUGGGUCUGUUCAGUCUGAGAUGCAACGCAAUGAAGGCAGACUCACUUUGGAGCAGAUAUUAAGAUAUGGGGCUGAUGUUGCUCGAGGGGUUGCAGAACUCCAUGCAGCAGGUGUUAUAUGUAUGAAUAUAAAACCUUCGAAUCUUCUUUUGGAUGCAAGCGGCAAUGCUGUGGUUUCUGAUUAUGGGCUCGCUCCCAUCCUGAAGAAGCCAACAUGCCAGAAAGCUCGACCAGAGUUGGAUUCAUCGAAACUCACUCUAUGCACGGACUGUAUCACACUCAGUCCACACUACACUGCGCCAGAGGCUUGGGGGCCAGUGAAAAAACUUUUUUGGGAGGAUGCAAGUGGUGUAUCUCCAGAGUCGGAUGCAUGGAGUUUUGGUUGUACGUUGGUCGAGAUGUGCACUGGCUCCACUCCGUGGGAUGGUCUUAGUAGAGAAGAAAUCUUUCAAGCUGUUGUGAAAGCCCGGAAAGUGCCACCACAGUAUGAACGUAUAGUGGGUGUGGGAAUUCCCCGAGAAUUAUGGAAAAUGAUUGGUGAAUGUCUUCAGUUUAAACCGUCGAAAAGACCGACUUUUAAUGCAAUGCUCGCUACAUUUCUUCGUCAUCUACAAGAGAUACCUCGUAGCCCUUCAGCAAGCCCUGAUAAUGGGUUUACCAAAAUAUGUGGAGUAAACGUUGUAGAAGAAACUCUCCCCACCACCAACAUAGGGGUCUUACAUGAUAACCCUAGCAACCUACAUCGGGUUGUUUUGGAGGGAGAUUUUGAGGGUGUAAGAAAUAUACUAGCAAAGGCUGCAGCUGGAGGCGGUGGAAGCGCUGUGCGAUCUCUAUUAGAGGCGCAAAACGCUGAUGGUCAAUCCGCUCUUCACUUAGCUUGCAGACGUGGCAGUGCUGAACUUGUGGAGACUAUAUUGGAGUAUGAGGAGGCGGAUGUAGAUAUUGUGGAUAAAGAUGGGGAUCCUCCUCUCGUCUUUGCUUUAGCAGCUGGAUCUCCACAAUGUGUUCGUGUUCUCAUAAAAAAAGGGGCUAAUGUUAGGUCCAAACUGCGGGAAGGAUCAGGCCCAUCUGUUGCUCAUGUGUGUUCGUACCAUGGCCAACCUGACUGUAUGCGUGAAUUGCUGAUAGCUGGAGCUGAUCCAAAUGCAGUGGAUGAUGAAGGUGAAACUGUGCUUCAUCGAGCUGUUACCAAGAAAUACACAGAUUGUGCCAUUGUUAUAUUGGAAAAUGGGGGAUCUAAAUCAAUGGCCGUUUCAAAUGCAAAGCGCCUGACUUUACUUAGGAUGUAUAUUGCUGCAGAAGGUAGAGAGCUAGUCCAGAUAUUGCUUGCGGCUGGGGCAGAUCCGACUGCGCAAGAUGCUCAGCAUGGUCGAACAGCGUUGCAUACUGCUGCUAUGGCUAACAAUGUGGAACUUGUGAGAGUUAUUCUCGAUGCUGGUGUGAAUGCGAACAUUCGGAAUGUCCACAAUACAAUCCCCCUUCACAUGGCUUUGGCCAGAGGGGCGAAUACCUGUGUUAGCCUACUUCUAGACUCUGGUUCGGACUGCAAUAUACAGGAUGAUGAAGGCGACAAUGCAUUCCAUAUAGCAGCAGACGCAGCAAAGAUGAUACGUGAAAACCUUGAUUGGUUAAUUGUGAUGCUUAGGAGUCCUGAUGCUGCUGUGGACUGGCAAGACAGUACGCGACUUCUUAGAAGCCCUUCCAAGAGAAUGGAUCUCAGAGGAUCUGAUGGAGGCAUUAUCAAAAAGGGGAGUUCAUCUGUCACCUACAAUGUAGGAGAUUGGGUGAAGUUUAAGAGAGGCAUAACAACACCCGUACAUGGAUGGCAAGGUGCUAAGCCUAAGAGUGUUGGGUUUGUGCAAACCAUUCUUGAGAAGGAGGACAUGAUUGUCGCAUUUUGUUCUGGUGAAGCUCGUGUGUUGGCAAAUGAAGUUGUUAAGUUGAUUCCAUUGGACAGGGGCCAGCAUGUAAGGCUCAGAGCAGACGUCAAAGAACCAAGGUUUGGUUGGCGUGGCCAAUCACGUGAUAGCGUCGGUACUGUUUUAUGUGUUGAUGAGGAUGGGAUCUUACGAGUUGGGUUUCCUGGAGCAUCUCGAGGCUGGAAAGCUGAUCCUGCGGAAAUGGAACGUGUGGAAGAGUUCAAAGUCGGGGACUGGGUCCGUAUCCGUCAAAAUCUGACUUCAGCAAAACAUGGCUUUGGAUCUGUUGUCCCAGGGAGUAUGGGGAUUGUUUAUUGUGUAAGGCCAGAUAGCAGCCUCCUUGUGGAGUUAAGUUAUCUUCCAAAUCCCUGGCACUGUGAACCUGAGGAAGUUGAACCUGUUGCUCCCUUUAGGAUUGGUGAUCGGGUGUGCGUAAAGAGGUCAGUUGCCGAACCUCGUUAUGCUUGGGGUGGUGAGACCCACCACAGUGUUGGCAAAAUUAGUGAAAUAGAGAAUGAUGGUCUCCUUAUAAUUGAAAUACCAAGCCGACCUAUACCGUGGCAAGCAGAUCCUUCCGACAUGGAAAAGAUUGAUGAUUUCAAGUUAGAUCCGCAGCAUCUCAAGAGCUUUGAUUCUUUUAACACUGAGCAUUUGUACAACGAGCAGGUUGGUGACUGGGUCAGAGUGAAGGCGUCAGUGUCGUCCCCGAAAUAUGGAUGGGAAGACAUUACUCGAAACAGUAUUGGCGUGAUGCACAGCUUAGAAGAAGAUGGUGAUGUGGGCCUAGCUUUUUGUUUCAGGAGCAAGCCGUUUUCAUGUUCGGUGACAGAUGUUGAAAAGGUUGAACCCUUUCAUGUGGGGCAAGAGAUUCAUAUGAUACCAUCUAUCACCCAACCACGGCUUGGAUGGUCAAAUGAGAGUCCAGCAACUAUUGGUAAAAUCAUGAGAAUCGACAUGGAUGGGACUCUGAGCGCGCAGGUGACUGGUAGACAGACAUUGUGGAGAGUCUCUCCUGGUGAUGCAGAGCUACUCUCAGGUUUUGAAGUUGGUGACUGGCCCGAUUCUCGAGGCAUCAUAACAACUGUUCAUGCUGAUGGAGAGGUAAGGGUUGCUUUCUUCGGAUUGCCUGGUUUGUGGAGAGGGGAUCCAGCAGACUUAGAGGUGGAGCGUACGUUUGAGGUUGGAGAAUGGGUAAGACUCAAAGAAGGCGUUCCUUGUUGGAAGUCCAUUGGACCAGGGAGUGUUGGUGUAGUGCAUGGAGUAGGAUAUGAGGGAGACGAGUGGGACGGAACCACUUCCGUUUCAUUUUGUGGCGAGCAAGAAAGAUGGGCAGGUUCCUCUUCGCAUCUAGAGAAAGCAAAGAAGCUUGCAGUCGGACAAAAAACUCGGGUCAAACUGGCAGUGAAACAGCCUAGGUUUGGGUGGUCAGGUCAUAGCCACGGGAGUGUAGGAACCAUAGCAGCUAUCGAUGCGGAUGGUAAGCUACGGAUAUACACACCAGCCGGGUCUAAAACGUGGAUGCUAGACCCGUCGGAAGUGGAAACCAUAGAAGAAGAAGAGCUCAAGAUUGGGGACUGGGUUAGGGUAAAGCCGAGCAUCACAACACCAACGUACCAGUGGGGAGAGGUGAACCCUUCAAGCGUAGGGGUGGUUCACAGAAUGGAGGAUGGAGACUUAUGGGUGUCUUUCUGUUUUCUAGAUAGGCUAUGGCUUUGUAAAGGCGGGGAAAUGGAACGUAUAAGGCCGUUCGGGAUUGGAGACCGGGUUAAGAUAAAGAACGGACUGGUUACACCUCGGUGGGGUUGGGGAAUGGAGACACAUGCAAGUAAAGGACAUGUUGUGGGAGUGGAUGCAAAUGGGAAAUUGAGAAUAAAAUUCCUCUGGAGAGAAGGGCGGCCAUGGAUCGGUGAUCCUGCUGAUAUCGUUCUAGAUGAACCUAUCUCCUAG